AGCCUUCGGCUCCCAGUGUCUCCGAUCUCCAAUGACUCCUUUGAACGUUCAUGUGUUUACUUGGGAAUAAAAUAAAUAUAGCACCACUGAUUAUUGUAUUGAAAAAUAGGCACCAGAAAUAAAAUAACACCAUUACGAAUAACAAAAGGAGCUUUCAAGAAACAUGCAUGCCCUGUAAGCUCUCUCUUUAUAAACUGCCCAGCUCCCCCAUAGCUUUACCCUCCUCGACCUGCUUAGUACGUGGAGUUUUCCUCCAUUCUCCAUUCUCGCUUCUUCUUCUACAAUUACUGCUACCUUGUGGUUGAAGAGACUGUUUGGGUUUCUUCUUUUAAGAUAGAAAUCAAUCAUGUCUCACUACAGUGGUUGCAUGGAUUCCCAGAUGCCUCACUUUCUUGAAGCUUGUUUUCUCUGCCGCAAACCUCUUGGUUAUAACUCCGACAUCUUCAUGUACAGAGGUAACACACCAUUUUGCAGCAAGGAGUGCAGGCAAGAACAGAUAGAGGUGGAUGAGUCUACGACGAAGAAGAGCUGGAAAAUGUCAUCUUCCUCUUCAAGAUCUACCAGAAAAUCAGAUCCCAAGGAUUCUACCUCUAAUAAGGCUGUACGGACAGGAACAGUUGCUGUUGCUUGAUAAUUUAACAGAAGACUUUUCAGAAAGGAUAUAUAUCAUGAGCAAAUUAAAUUUCCGCUUCUGGGAUCAAGACAAAAAUAUCAAUCUUCAUCUCUAAAAGAGUGGUGGGUAUGACUGCAGUUUGGAGACGGGAGGAAGGAGAGUUGCAAGACCUGCCAGGGAUGAUUUUUGCUCUUGUUUUGUCCUUUUAUUGGGCGAAUGUUUAUACGGGUUAAAGAGGAUUCAUAUGGGAUGAUCUGUAUAACCCUGAACGCUCGUCUCUCUCUCUAUCUUCCUUCUUUCUCCCUUUCUGCGAACAAAUUUCGAGGAAAUUAAUGGAUCUAAAGAGAUUUAAGAUUUCAUGUUUGAACUUCUGUUUAUUUAUGUUAUAUUAUGUAUAUUAAACAGUGAUUUUCUA